AUGAAGGUUAUCCUUGCCAUUAACGCGGGUUCAAGCUCUGUCAAAAUCUCGGUGUACUCAGCCGAGCCAAAGCAGUCACCCCGCCAGAUUGCAGAGACAUCUAUCAGUGGUCUGACGGCUCCACCGGCUCAGGUAUCGUACACCCGCGGCGGCGUUGAAGUCAAGAACGAGGAUCUGGAGGAUAAGGUGUCUACACAAGAUGAUGCUUUCAGGGUGCUUCUAAAGACCCUGAUUGAUGACGCAGAAUUGCCCGAGAUCAAGCAAAAGGCCGAUAUUGCCUUGACAUGUCACCGCAUCGUGCAUGGAGGCGACUAUCCGUGCUCCCAAGUUAUCACCCAGGACACAUAUCAUCACCUAGAGGAGCUCAGCGACCUUGCCCCGCUGCAUAACGGCCCGGCCCUUGAUAUCGUAAACUCUUGCGUGGAGCAGCUGCCCGACGCUGUCAACGUUGCAUGCUUUGACACACAGUUCCACUCCACCAUCCCCGAUCACGUCCGCACGUACCCCAUCAACCAAGAAAUAGCUAAAAAGAACCACCUCAGAAAGUUCGGAUUUCAUGGCGUCAGCUACUCCUUUAUCACUCGGUCCGUCGCCGAGUUCCUCGGUAAGGAGACCAAAGACUUGAACAUCAUCGCUCUUCAUCUUGGGAGUGGUGCAAGCGCUUGCGCCAUCCGAAACGGCCAGAGUUGGGAUACAAGCAUGGGAUUGACGCCCGUUGCCGGCUUGCCCGGGGCUACGAGAAGCGGGAAUGUGGAUCCGAGUCUCGUCUUUCACUACGCGAGUGACGUCGGAAAGCUCUCCCCUAAUUCAACAUCAAAGUUGCAUCUUACCGAGGCUGAAGAAAUUCUCAACAAACAAAGCGGAUGGAAGGCCCUGACAGGAACGACCAACUUCGGUGUCAUUGCUUCUUCGGACGAGCCUACGCACAGACUCGCAUUCGAAAUUUUUGUUGACAGGAUAUGCGCCUUCAUCGGCUCCUACUUUGUCGCCCUUCAUGGCGAUGUGGAUGCAUUGGUCUUUGCCGGUGGCAUCGGCGAGAAGAGCGAUAAGCUACGGAAACGCGUCGUAGAACAGUGUACCUGCCUUGGCUUCACCAUCGACGACGAGCUCAACAGCAGGAAGAUUGUCGAUACGGUGCAGGAAGUCGGUAAGAACAGAGCCAAGUGUCGUACACUGGUCUGUCAAACGGACGAGCAGUAUGAGAUGGCAAGACUCUGCACAGAGAAGGAGGAACUCUGGAAACAGCAGUAG